GUUAAUAUAAAAAGUUAUAUGCUCGAACUACUGAGUACAAAAAUUCUACAAUACCGUAUAUAGCCCGUAUUCUAUGUGAUGAAGACUGUUAGACGUGAAACAUAUAGUUACUAUGUAAUUAGCAAAGUGAAUCGACCCUUUCAUUGUCACUCUCUGUAAUUUUAUGGUGUCACCCUUUCUAUCGUUUAAUUAUAACUUUGCUAUUUUUAUUUUAGUUAUCACCAUUAUUAUUAUAAUUUUAUAUUUUAUGUAUUAUGAGUACUGUUUUUGGAAUAAAGCAGAUUAUUAUCAUAAGUUCAUUUAUAGUGAAGUACUUACUAAUGGUGUAGUUAUGUGCUCACUGCUGUCUCCUUAGCAUGUCGUGCAUGCAGAGACCAUCACGUGAGUGAAAGAUAAGUUAGUUAGUGAAGGUACACACCACUGAGCAUAUAUACAUUGGGACUUUCAUAAUCUUAAACUUGUGUCAAAUUAGCAACAGGCCUCAUUAAUUAGAUCUGUCAGACUGUUACAUACACUUGAGGAACAUAACUUGAGCGUUAUUAUAUCAUUACCUUACAUAUGAAGAUCAUUCUGUUGGUCGAAUUAACCAUCCGGGUUACCGAGGAAUUCAAACUAACACUUUCCGAGUGUACGCGAGGUGUACUAGUCGGUGUAAAAGAUAAUUCUUGACAACUCUCGAAUACUGCAGUUUCCUUUCUUAACUGGACAUUUUCAAAAAACUGGUAUGAUCGAUCUUUAAUUGUUUUUCAUAUGCUUUGGCAGGUAAUUCGGUUGUGGGGCUAUGGUUGGCUGUUUCCUAGUUUCUGGUUCAAGAAAAUGCAGAAUUAAUAACUUAUUGUGCCAGAUGUCAAGAUACUUAAGCACAUCCUCAGAAUUCAAAGAUUACUAUGCUAUUUUGAAUGUCAAAAGUACAGCAUCUCAAGAGGAAAUCAAAGAAGCUUACCUCGAUCUGUCCAAAAAGUACCAUCCUGAUAGGUGUAAUGAUGAAGGAUCAAAGAUGCGUUUUGCUGAAAUAAGUGAGGCAUAUUCUAUUCUUGGGAAGGUUGAAUCUCGCCGGGAAUUCGACACAGUCCGGAAAAUCAACGCUUUUGGAGUUAGUAGUGAUGCUUUCCGAAUGCAAUAUCCCAAACCACCGUCUGAUCUUGAUAAAGUUGGUCUCGAGGCUUAUGAAAAUGAAAUGCGCAGGUUAAAUUCAUUUUUGAAUUAAUUAUGGUUUCUCUGGUUUUGUAUUAUUUCCCGUUUGUUUAUGUCAACUCUGUGAAGACCCUAAUACGCGCACAAAAUCCGAGAAGUUUUAAUACUGUUUUUAGAUAGCAUACUUAUGAAUCCAAAUCAGUUUCCAAUCGAUUUUCAUACAUUUUUACUAAUAUAAAAGAGACGCCAUGUAUUCAAAAUACAAACCAUAUGACAGUGUACUUCAUAUUAAGGUUUUUGUGUUUGUUAUAAAUACUCAACUUUUAGAUAUUCGACAGGUAAUCCAAAACUACUUGGAACAUACGGUGUCCAAGAUCUUCAAGUUUUUUCCUCGUUGUUUACAAGCUGCUUUAAUUCGUGAUCCAAUAAGUCUACAUGUUUAGUAAAUGACAUUAUCGCCGAUUGCGUUUUUACUUAAUUCUAAAGGUGUAGCUGGAUUUCCUGGAUUUAUUUAGAAUGUUAUUGCUCAGAAUGACUGACAUUCGUAGUGCUAAAUAACGAUUAAAAGGAUCUGCAAGAAGGAUAAAACGCGAUGUGUAGUUUCUCCAACUAGGAAUAUCUUGUGUAGUUAGAAAAACUGUGUUAAAACUUAGGGAUUGUAUUAAAUAAUCGGACUGGUUAUUAACUAUUUAGUGCUUCAUUAUGUAUCUGAAUAUUUAAUUGCUCACAAAACUUAAGUUUCCGACUUAACAACUUCAGUGAUGAUGACGCACCUAUCCGUACAAUUCACCCUAUCGAAUCGACAAAUGUUGUCGCUAUAUGGGUCCAUCGAGCAUUUGAAUAUUAUGCCACAGAAAUCUAUCGC